GAAGAGAAGCUUCUGUCUGACUCCAUGCUGGUGGAGGCGAGGGAGGCCUCGGACGAGGACCUGCUGGUGGUGCACACGAGGCGCUAUCUCAACGAGCUGAAGUGGUCCUUUGUUGUCGCCACCAUCACGGAAAUCCCCCCUGUCGUCUUUCUCCCCAACUUCCUCGUGCAGAGGAAGGUGCUGAGGCCCCUGCGGACCCAAACGGGAGGAACCAUAAUGGCAGGGAAGCUGGCCGUGGAGCGAGGCUGGGCCAUCAAUGUGGAGGCCAUCAGGCGGAAGGUGGAGCUGGACUGGGGCGUGGAGGAUGAUGAGUACCUGGAUAAAGUCGAGACGAACAUCAAGAAAGCCCUCCAGGAGCAUCUGCCCGACGUGGUGGUGUACAACGCAGGCACCGACAUCCUCGAGGGGGACCGCCUUGGGGGGCUGUCCAUCAGCCCAGGGGGCAUUGUGAAGCGGGAUGAACUGGUGUUCCAGAUAGUCCGUGGCUGCCAGGUGCCCAUCCUCAUGGUGACCUCGGGCGGGUACCAGAAGCGUACAGCCCGCAUCAUUGCUGACUCCAUCCUCAAUUUGUAUGGCCUGGGGCUCAUCGGGCCUGAGUCACCCAGUGUCUCGGCACAGAACUCAGACACACCGCUGCUUCCCCUAGCAGUGCCCUGACCGCGCUGCCCUCUAAGAGUCUCCCUGCCUGCCUCUCGGUCCCGCCCACCCCCUUUGUGCUUUUUGUUUUCUAACCUCCUGGGGUGGUGGAGGCAGCCACCAGCGAGCAUGGAGGGCAGGGCCAUCCCUGACUGGGGGUCUGGAGCGGGCAACUCUCCACUCUUCCCCACUGGGUGCCCGAGGGCCUCUAGGCCCUCUGUGGGCAGGGGCUGAAGGCAGAGCCGGUGUCCCAGGAACCCCCCACAUGGAGUCAGAGAUCUAAGCAGGCCCGGGGAGGUGGGCAGUUUACUGAGAAUGGGGGAGGAUAGGUUAGGACCCAGGGCCAUAGCAGUGGUGCCCAGGGCUUGCGGUGUUCUGGACUUUGGGAACAGCAGACCCAGGUCAGAUCAAGGAAGCGUCCAUCUGUACCCUGUUUGGGCCUCCCUCCUCUUCAGUCCUGCGAUUUGCUUCACCCUCCUCCUUGCCCAGGGCGUGGGCGCUGGUCUGUGGGGAGGCGCUGCAGCCAGGCCUCCAGGUGGGCCCGGUUCCCGGCCAGCAGGCAGGAGCCCUGGGCCUGGAUGUGAGGGCAGCUGGGACGGGGUACAGGUGGGUUCUCCCAUCUGGGCUUCUCCCUCAAUAAAGCAAGGUCUGGACACGCUUUCCUAGGGUGCUGAGGGGAGGGGAGGCCCGAGCUCCGCCACAUCCCUGCCUGGACAGUGGUCUCACCUGUUUGGUGCAAGGGUCAUGUGGGGGCGGAAUUCUUAGCUAUGGAUGGGCUCUGCUGGAGCUCCCUGGGGACUGCUGACCCAGGUGGGAGGCGCACAGGGAGACCGGGAUCCUGGAAGGCGGGGCUUCCUGGAGGGAGCGUAGAGGCUCUCCAUCCUGGCGGGGUGGUUGUGAGGGCAGGGGCAGGGCCCUGGGCGGGGCUGUGGCCACCACUGGCCUCACCUGAUGUGCCCAGGGCCCAAGUGGGCCUGACUGCUGGUCUUCUCUGCCCUACUCUGAAGGGGUUGUUCUGGGCCCUCCAGGAGGCAGGGUGGGGGGUCCCCUCGACCAGAGGUGGGGAGGUCGGGCAGGGAAAGUGGAUCAGCUGAGGUGUCUCCACCCUCGAUCAGCCCCCUGUGGGACUCAUGUCCGUUACCAUCUGGGGUGCUCCCAGUCUGCCUCUCGUUCUCUCCGCUGGAGCCGAGAGGGUCCCAAGAUCACAAAUUGUCAAAAAUGCUGACCUCCUCGACCAGACCCCAGGCACUAACAGUGCACUUGGAGUCCCCACUUUGCCUUUGGUCUGUCUGCAUCUGGCUUAAGGUACCUAACAUCCAUUCAUCCCUGACACAAGCCUGUGAUGUCUGGGGCCCAGAGAUGGACCAGUCUGUCCCUGUGGAGCCACUGCGCCUGGAGAAUCAUGAAGGCUCUGGGUUGGACCUGGUGCUGCGUGUUCUCAGGGUGAAGAGCCCCCUCCUGAGGGCGAAGGAGAUGAAGAUGAGAUCGCAUAGCUGGAGGCCCGACGUAGGGUGGCUGCUCAGUAAAUGCUAGUACGU